AUGCAGGUUGGUCUUGUACAACCACGCGGGUCCUGUGGGCGAUCUGGACUCGAAGGAUGCAAAAUUCAGGUCAAAAUUAGCGCCACUGGCGUCAUUUCUGUCGCAACACGCUGCCCAUACCACACUUACUUCAGGUGGGCGAGCGCCGAUGCUGGAUCAAAGAAUCGACCAUCUCGCAACGUGCCUAUCAAGUGCGAGUUGUGUCACCCUACUCUUGCGCCCGUUACAGGCAAGAAAUCCCGCGCUGGUGCGCCAUAUGUGGACGCGAUAUGGCGUUACAAUAUGAUCGAUCAUCUCAAUGAGACCCACCCACAGUAUGCACAUCCCAAGAACACCCACGGCCAUCCUCUCCCACCAGACAUUCUAAACUCGUUCACUCUAACGUCCCUGGAACAACGCGAAGCUGGUAUUCCUGAAGUACACUGGCUCGCCCCUCUAUUCGACGGUGAUAAGGAAAACCACGCUGGACCCAGCUCCCGCAAGCGGAAGUCCAACAACGCCGCCAACGGAAAUGCUAAGAAGGGUGGGUUACUGAACUACAUUAGUCAGUGUCUGGAACUUACGGAUCGCACGCCUCUUGGUAGUGCGAGCGCUAAUUCCUUUACCAAGAGGCGAGCAAUGCAGAUGAAUGACACGUGGGAAAUUUUGCUGUGGAUCUAGGUCAUAAUUUCCUAAUCCCGCUUUCUGUUAGACAAGCGAUGGUAGCAACUGAGAUCUGGGCUUAGCUCUACGUAUACGCGCUAUAGCGGGGUUUCUGGGAAACACCGGUUGGAGGGGAAAAUGCGUUCAUGCACUCCCGCAGUUUGUGGGGUGUGUGGGAUUCUUUACUACCUCGGUCGCAGACAAUCCCGCUUUCAAAGGCAGCUUCAAAAUGCCUGCCAACAAUCACGGUUGCAAUGCCCAUUGUAAUGGUACUGAGAGGACCGAACCGGUCACUACGCACAAUACUGACUAUUGAUACCUAGUAUUCAUUUCUAGGUCAGAUUAUUGUUCCCAGUCUUCGACUUCCGAGACUGAGAAUUUACAUACAUUCAAGUUCAUUUAUA